AUGGAGCUGGUGGACGCGAUCGAGAUUCCGCGCGUCGGCAACGUCUUCCUUCGACAGGGACCGCGACGAGAACAACGGGGAUCGCUGAUUUUGAUGGGCCAUCACAUGAUCUUCGCUCCACAAGCCGAUUCAUCAAACGAUCCAAACAACACGGCGAAUAAGGAGGAGUUCUGUAUUCUUCAUCGAAUGAUCGAUCGCGUUGUUAGCGAGCCCCGAUCGCGUGAUCCAAACUCGAAAGGAGGGAUCUUGACGCUAAAGUGCAAGAAUUUUAUGAUUUGCGUCUUCGAGGUACUCGAGCUGGACGAGUGUAUGGCUGCGGCGAGAACAAUCGAAACGUUGAGCAAUUUGAACGGUUUCUCUCUCGACUACCCAUUCUUCUAUCGAUGCCCGUUUACGAUUCUCGACGAUGGAUGGAGAGCAUUUGAUGUUGAAAGUGAAUUCGCGAGGGUUUCCAUGAAUGCACCCGAAAUGUUUCGUGUCUCGGAGGUGAAUAAGGAUUUCAAGGUUUGUGCAUCUUAUCCGGAGAAGGUGAUCGUUCCGCGAGGAAUUGGCGACGACUAUCUGAGGAUUUCGGCCACAUUUCGUGAUGGAGGACGUUUCCCGGUGUUGGCCUACUUUCACAGACAUACAAAGUCACCGAUCUUCCGAUGCAGCCAGCCGCUAAUCGGACCAACAAACAGACGGUGUAAGGAAGAUGAGACGAUUCUGAAUGCUCUUCUUUCAAUUGCACGAGGGAUUAUCAUCGACACGAGAAGUAAAGUGAAUGCACAAUCGGCUAAAGCUAAAGGAGGUGGCGCCGAGACGCAACAAUGCUAUUCGCAAUGGCGUUAUGUCACUUGUGGAACACCGAGGAUCAAGGAUUUGCACGAUUCGCUGGCGAAAAUGGUUGAUGUCUCGAUCGACAAGUCAGUUUCAUCGGAUCGUUGGCUUUCCCGUCUCGCCUCAUCAUCAUGGCUUUCUUCAAUCGCCGAUUAUCUAAACGCGGCCGCGAAUGUGGCUCAAUGCGUUGCAUGUGAAGGUACCCAAGAAGUCCCAGUCGUUGUUCAUGGUGGUGAGGGUGUUGAUUCGACGAUUCUCGUCACUUCAUUGGCGCAAAUGAUUCUUGAUCCAGACGCGAGAACGAUUCGAGGAUUCCAAUCACUGAUCGAACGGGAAUGGAUAUGUGGAGGUCAUCCGUUUAGUUUACGCAAUGCACAUUCGGCGUUUGCUGAGGGCACGAUCACUGGACCCUACGAGGCGCCUGUCUUCUUGGCUUUUCUCGAUUGUGUUUGGCAGUUAACGCAACAAUUCCAACAUUCGUUCGAAUUCACCGAGGGCUUUCUUCUGGAUCUCUUCGAACACUCAUACGCAUCGGAAUUUGGCUCAUUUUUGGGCAACAAUGAAAUGGAGAAACAAAAACAUCAAGUACGACAACACACGGUCUCGUUGUGGUCCUAUGUGAAUAAUCCGGAGAUUCUCAAAUCGUACGUGAACGUCCUUUACGAGCCGAAUGAAAGUGUCACAUGGCCGAGCGUGGCACCGCAAAGCAUUCAAGUAUGGGAACGUCUCUUUCUACGAUGGCAACGCGAUUGGACUGAGGUGAAUGCGAUUCGUGAAGCGGCUGUACAAUGGAGAUUGAAGGAGAGACAAUUGGCGAGCAAGGCCUUAUCGUUGAGGAGGCAACUCGUCGAAUUGAUGAAAGAGGCACAUUUGGCAAAAACGCUCAACGAUGUCCGCGUGGCUGAU